AAAAAUGAUAACAUCCUUUAUGUCUAUAGGCCCACCAGCGGAUUGUGACGUCCCAGAUGGGGCGGAGCCUGGAGCAUGAGGAUGACGAGGGGGACAUCCAGCUAACGGAACAGCCAGGGAACGUGAACCAAUCAAUGCAGCUGAAGCCGUACCAGCUGGUGGGGCUGAACUGGCUGGCUCUUCUCCACUCCCAGGGAACCAACGGGAUUCUGGCUGAUGAAAUGGGUCUUGGUAAGACUGCCCAGGCCAUCUCCUUCCUCGCGUACCUGCUAGAGCAGGGUGACGACGGACCCCAUCUCAUCAUUGUGCCAUCCUCCACACUAGACAACUGGGUACGGGAACUGGCACAAUGGUGCCCUGAUCUCAAGGUGCUGAUUUACUACGGUAGCCAGAUGGACAGACAGGCCAUGAGAGAUGACAUCCUGGAGGGAGUGGAGGACUUCCAUGUUCUCGUCACAACGUACCAGUGCUGUGUCGGCUCGGCCACUGACAGAACCUUGUUCAAUAAGAAAGUGGCCUUUCACUACGCCAUCCUGGACGAGGGACACAUGCUGAAGAACAUGCAGACUCAACGCUACCAACAACUCCUCAGGAUUAGGAGUGAGAGAAGACUGCUGUUGACAGGAACUCCCAUCCAGAACAACCUGCUGGAGUUGAUGUCACUCCUGAACUUCAUCAUGCCUGACAUGUUCAGCGCACGGACCACAGAGCUACGUAGGAUGUUCGCUUCUGUAUCGAAAGGGAAAUCAGAGAGUAAGUUCCAGAGGGAGAGAAUCGAGCACGCGAAGCGUAUCAUGCAGCCGUUCGUCCUGCGGAGGUUGAAGCGAGACGUGCUGACUCAGCUGCCCAAGAAACACGAACAAGUGGAGCACUGCCCCAUGACGGACAAACAAGUGGAACUGUACGCUGAUCUUAAGGCAAAGUUGUCUCGCUCGCUGAAGACAGAGGAUGGGUCGUCGACCUUCAGUGGUGCCAUGAUGCAGCUGAGGAAGAUGGCCAACCAUCCCCUCCUCCACAGAACAUACUACACACUGGACACACUCAGGGACAUGUCUAAACUCAUGCUCAAGGAGCCGACUCACCAUGAUGCUAAUGCUGACCUGAUAUUUGAAGACAUGGAAGUCAUGUCAGACUUUGAGUUAAACAACCUGUGCAAGAUGUAUGCGAGUCUGAAUGAGUACACCCUGCCACCUGACCUGCUGCUGGACUCAGGAAAGUUCCGCUUGCUGGACCGGCUGCUGCCCGAGAUGGCAGAGCGUGGUGACCGCGUGCUGCUGUUCAGCCAGCUGACCAUGAUGCUGGACAUCGUGGAGCCGUACCUGAAGCGGCGCAAGUACAAAUAUGUACGGCUGGAUGGACAGACGCCAGUCACUGAAAGACUGCAGUUGAUUGACCAGUACAACAACAACACGGACAUCUUCAUCUUCCUGCUGUCCACGCGGGCGGGCGGGCUGGGCAUCAACCUGACCUCCGCCAACACGGUCAUCCUCCACGACAUCGACUUCAACCCCUACAACGACAAACAGGCAGAGGACAGGUGUCACCGCGUGGGGCAAACAAAAGAUGUCCACGUGAUGCGGCUGGUGAGUGCAGGGACAGUAGAGGAGGCCAUCCUACAGUGUGCAGAGCACAAACUGCAGUUAGAACAGGACAUGACUAGUAAUGAAGAGGAGAAUGCAGAGAUCCCCAGUGACAUGGCCAAGCUGCUGAGGCAGUGCCUUGACCUUUAGACAGGAGGUGCUGUUGUCCAUGACAUCGUGGUGCAGGAUCCGUGCUGAAGCUUCAUAGCCAGGACAGUCCUCUUUUGUAACUGUCAUGUCCCUUGUGCGCAACUGUGGAAGUUUGCACCUGUACACGAUGGUGCUGUGAACUCCCAACAAAGGCAGAAAUAUGUAUAUUUAUCUGAAAUGUUUGUUGUCAGAGACUGUAAAGGCAGUCAGCCAAACUUUGUGCCUCACCCCAGAGAACCAGCUAGGGUACCUUGCCUAUGACUGUGUGAGGUGGAGAAUGUAACUGAGAUGUUGUCUGUAAAAUGCAGUCAUCAAGUGCAAUUUAAGAUGCACAUUAUCGUUAUUACAUGUGGAAUUUCCAUACAAGAUGUCAAUAAGAUACACACAGGAAGAUUGUUGUCCAAAAUGUGUGUGAAAACAGAAGUCAAACAUAUUUACUGAGUUGUUCUUUUAAAUACCAUUGACCGGGUGCUCAGAGGUGUGUAAAAUUAAAACUGAAGUUUGCACUAGAGUGAUAUUAUAAAGAUAAUAGCACAAUUAUGUUUUUUUUCAUGACAUACUUUGUUUGAAUGUAGAAUUGGGAAAUUUGUUGCUUUAUCAGAAUUGGAAACUUCAGUCUAUAGCAUAGUAAUGGUUAAUGCAGUAAAGGAUAUGUUCCAAAGGGAAAACAUGACCUUAGAGUUUUUUAUUACAGCUACCAACAAAAAUAUUGCCAUUGCCCAUGACAUUCAACAUAGAGGCACCUCAGGUGAAAAAGUGCUAUAUGGCCCUUGCCAUACUGUCUAAAGUGCAUAAGUCUGAUUUUUCAGGAAGAAGAUAAGUAUUUGUUUACGUUAUCUUUUUAACUUUUUCUUUAUGUAAUUGUAGUAUUGUAAAUGGAGGUCUGUAGUAUGUAGAAGUUUUUUCUUCUUGUACUGUAAGAAUUUAGUACUUGUUAAAUAAUGUGACAUUCCUUUUCAUUGUUGAAAUAAAGUAAUCUUGUUGAACAGUGACACUAAA